AAGAAAUAUAAUUAGGACAUUUUUGAACGAUUUUAUAUUAUAUUUAUAGAUUAUUAAAUUUAUUGAUAUUAUUGGAAAAACCAAUUUUAUUAUUUGGAAAUUAUUUGUAAAACUGGGGCAGUGCAUUGAAACAGUAGCUGUUGUACAACAAAACAGUACAACAGAACCAAAAGUUAUACCCACAAUGAUCGACUUAUAUUAUUUUCCACCUAGUCCGCCAUGUAGAGCUGUUAUGUUAACUGCAAAAGCUGUUGGUGUUAAAUUAAAUUUAAAACUAUUGAAUAUAACAGAAGGUGAACAUAUGAAUGCGGAAUUUGUUAAAUUAAAUCCAGAACACACGAUACCAACAAUUGUUGACAAUGGAGUUGUUGCUUGGGAAAGUCGAGCCAUAAUGAGUUACUUGGUGGAUAUGUAUGCAGAAAAUGACUCGCUAUAUCCAAAGGAUCCACAACAGAGACUUAUGGUCGAUCAAAGGCUAUACUUCGAUAUAGGAACCUUAUACAAUAGGCUUGUAAAUUAUUUUAUUCCUGUUGCAUUUGCUGGAGCCAAGCCUGAUGAAAACCAAAGGCUUAAAGUUGAAGAAGCAUUGCAGACACUAAACAAAUUACUUGAGAGUUAUGAAUGGGUGGCAGGUUUUGGUAUGACAAUUGCAGAUAUAACAAUUAUCGUAUCAGUUUCAACUGCUGAGGCUGUUGGAUUUAACAUUUCUAAAUUUUCAAAUGUGAGUGAGUGGUACGAACGAUGUAAGAAAGCAUUGCAACCAUUUGAAUAUGAAGAGAUUAAUCAAGUUGGUGCAAAUACUCUUGGGGGAAUAUUUAGAAGUAAACUUCGUUAAGGCAUUCAUUUUGGAUUAUGAAAUAUUUUUGGUUAUUUUAUUCAAGUGUUGUAAUAUUGGCAUGCCAAUUUCUUUUGAUUAAAUUCUUACUAUUCAAUAUUUCUCAAAAGGAAUGAUUUUACUGCCCUUGUAAGAAGAGGUGGGCAAAAUUAUCCCAUUGCAUUUUUUUACUAAACUGUUCACAUAAAAUAUUAAUUGUUCUUUAACAUUGCAUCAACGAUCACUAUGGAACCAAAAAUCACUGGUAAAAUAAUCUAAAUCAACACAAUCAAGACCCGCCACAUGAUGGGGGAUCUUUUUACAUAUUAUAAUUUUACACUCAAAAUAGGGAUAAUUUUAACGUACAUAUAUAAAGGGGAUCAUUUCACCCGUAACGACACAUUUAAACAGGGCCCGAUCUAUCUAUUUAUCCGCUCCGGACAAAAAUAAUAUUUGCCGCCCUUUACACUCGUUUCAUAUACAGGAUGUCUUUCUUUUUUAAAUUGAAAUAUGUUUGAA